CACACCCCAGUGUGCUGGUUAGGGACUGAAGGAGGGAAUGCUGACUCUGCUAACUUUAGGCUCUAAUUUCCUGCUAGAUAUUCAUGACUUCAUGUGAUCAUUUUCUGCUAGGCAUCUCCCAUAUGCAACUUACAUUAUUAUUGUCAGACAGUAAAUUGUUAGCUGUUCUUUCAGCUGAGUAGGAAAGGAUUACUGUAUUCACUACUACGUAUCAGAUUUAAUAUAUUCAUUUUGGCUCACCUCUGUGUAGUUAUGCACAAUUACAAGUGCAGAAUUAGAACCUAGUAGUUUCCAUUUUGUCUCGAUGAGAAUCUCCCUAAAAGAAAAUGUUGACUUUUACUAUAAUUUGACUGAAUUAUCAACAUACUAGUAAUAAUGCACAUUAAAAUUUUUUAUACUUUGCAAAACAUGUUUCUAUCCAUUAUCCCAGUGUAUCCUAACAGGAAUCCUAUCAGACAUUGGGGCAAGUUGUUAUUAUCACGGUCUUUAUUUUACAGAUGAUCUAAUUAGGACUUGAAGAGGUGAUAGAACAUGCCAAAGACUAUACAGCUGUAACUGAUCAGGCUUGAUCUCCAGUACUUGUGUACUUUUUGUAUCCGUCCCUCUAUUGUGGAGUAAAUGGCUAAUGCCCUAUAUAGUUUGCUGAGAUUUGUAACAACAAAAUGUGAGCAUGCCUAGUUUUCUAUAAUUAAGGUUUUAUCCAUAAGUGAUCAUGCUUGUAAACUUGUAGGCCUUGCCACAUGUGUCCCUUCUGUUGGGAGCAGCUUCCUUGCUAUUCCUUACUCCUUCAAUAUACUUAACUCUUUACACACCUUUCAGACCUCAGUUCAAAUCACACCUUCUCAGGAGCACAUUUUCUGAACUCCCUUGGGCCUUGAGGUCCUACCACCCAACCAGACUAAAUUUAGGCCUUCUGUUAAACGUUUUCAAGCCACUGUGGAAUUUUACUUAUAGCACUAUUUCAGAAAUUGUUGUAGCAUAACAUUUAGAAAAUUAUUUUUCUUUUUUAAAAAAUAUUUAUUAUUUAUUUGAAAAGCAAUGUUACACAGAGAGGGGGAGAGACAGAGAGAAGAGAUCUUCCACCUCUUUGUGGUUGAGUCCCCAAAUGGCUGCAAUGGCCAGGGCUGGGCCAGUCCAGGCUGAGGCCAGGAACCAGGAGCUUCAUCCAGGUCUCCCACCUGGGUGGCAGGGGCCAAGGUACUUGGCCCAUCUUGCACUGCUUUUCCCAGGCCAUUAGCAGGGAGCUGGAUCAGAAGUAGAGCAGCCAAGACUUAAACCUGCACCCAUAUGGGAUGCUGGCAUCCCAGGCAGUGGCUUAAUCCCUUGCACCACAAUGCCAGCUCCUAGAAAAUUAUUUUUCAGUCCUUGUUUUUUCUUCAUUAUCUCCCCUACCCCCAAAAUGGUAACUUUGUGCGUAUAAGUUUAAGGAGACAAGCACAAUGAUAAUAAAUCAAAUAUAUCCAUUUUGUUCUAAAAAGCAUAGGACAUAAGAAAAAUACAGACCAAGUAUCUUAGACAUGAAGAGAAAUGAAGUUUCCUAAGGAAGAGAGAGUAUGGAGAAAUGAGGAAAAGAGGGAGGCCUGUAGCUCAUAGCAGAGUGGACCUCUGUCCUGUUUCUGAAAAGCUGUAUUCAGGAAGUGGUAAGAUCUAGGAGAGAUCACAGUCUGCUUUGUAAACUUCUCCCCACACCACAAGUGAUGUGCAAAAGCAACAGAGACCCACUAGACGGGAGGAAGCCAGGCAACCAGGGAAGCACCAGCCCUGAUGACAGAAGGCCUCGGCAUGGAGCAAGAGGCUGCAAUUACAUCCUGGGAAGGAGAAAGAAAUCAGGCCAAAGCUGAACUUAUGUUAAUUUGUUUUGUAUGGUGUUUGUUUCUGCUAGUUGGGUGGAUUAGAGACUCGAAGUCCCAAACUAAACUGAGUUAUAGAAAAUACAGUAAUAUUUCUUGGCUGUAACUGAGUUUCUAAACUAAGAUUCAUAUUUGCUGCUUUAAAUAUUUAUGUGAUUAUUUGCCUAGUGACUGUUUUCUUCCACAUUGUGAGAUCCUGGUAGGUAAGAACUAUGUGUUUUGCUCGCCAUAUUGUAUGUAUCUCCAGUGCCUCUAACAAACAGUACCUCUACAGAGUGGUAAUACAACGAAAAUGUGUUGAAUGAAUGAAAUAUCAAAUUAAUAGGAAAAUCAUGGUUUCAUGUUUGCCACUUAUUACAGCACAGUCUAAUACUGUAAAUUUAAUUUUCUCAAUAUCCUAACAAAAUAUCUAAUAUUACAGGGAAUAAAACAUUUUAACUGUGAAAAAUAUCAAGAACAUAAAAGCAGCCUGGAAAGUUGAUAAAUAUCUUCAUGGUUUUCUUCACUUUAUAACAAUAUAAAAUCAGCCUUUCUUGGGGCCUGUGUUGUGACUUACAAGUUAAACCUCUGCCUGUGACCCCAGCACCCAAUAUAGGCUCCGUUUUUUUUUUUUUCUGAAAGCUUUUAUUUAAUGAAUGCAAAUUUCAUAGGUAUAAUUUAGGAAUAUAGUAGUUCUUUCCCCCAUACCCACCAUCCCACCCCCACUCCCAUCCUACCUCCUGCUCUCUCCUAUCCCAUUCUUCAUUAAGAUUCAUUUUUUAAUUAGCUUUAUAUACAGAAGACCAAGUCUAUACUAAGUAAAGAUUUCAACAGUUUGCACCCCCCCACACACACACAAAGUAUUAAGUACUGUUUGAAAACAAGUUUUGCAGUUAAUUCUCAUAGUACACCUCAUUAAGGAUAGAGGUCCUACAUGGGGAGUAAGUGCACAGUGACCUCUGUUGUUAAUUUAAUAAUUAGCACUCUUAUUUAUGACAUCAGUGAUCACCUGAGGCUCUUGCCAUGAGCUGCCAAGGCUAUGGAAGCCUUUUGUGACCACAACCUUUGUCAGUAUUUAGAGAAGGUUAUAAGCAAAGUGGAAGUUCUCUCCUCCCUUCAGAGAAAAGUACAUCCUUCUUUGAUCGCUCCUCCUUCCCACUGGGGUCUCACUCACAGAGAUCCUUCAUGUAGGAUAUUUUUUUUCCAGUCUCUUGGUUUUCCGUGCCUGAACUGCUCUCACAGGAUUUUCAGCCACAUCCGAAUUACGCACUGGUUUGAGACUCAGCUGCUCCACUUCUGAUCCACCUCCUUGCUAUGGCACCUGGGACAGCAGCAGAAGCUUGGCCCCUUGCACUCACAUGCUGACCCGGAAGAAGUUCUUGGUUCCUGGUUUUGGCCUGGUCCAGCCCCAGCUGUUGCAGCCAUUUGGGGAGUAAACCUGAAGAUGGAGGAUCCCUCUCUCCCACUCCCUCUCUCUGUUCCUCCCUCUCCUCCUCCUCCUCUCUCUAACGCUGCCUUUCAAAUAAAUAAAAAAUUAACCUUAAAAAAUUAACCAUCCUCUUCAAGACAAAAAUAAAAACAAGUCUAUGCUUUCUUUUAUUGAGGAAAAUGCCAGUUAUCAUAAAAAAUGGCAAUUCUUGGUCUGAUGAUCCAAGAGCCAUAUCCCUGCAUUCUGGUGUUUUGAGGAUCUCUUUGCCGUUGGUGGAUGCUGGGUCUUGCCAAGGCCACACCUCUGCUACUGGAGAUGCAGACUAUACGAUGACCAUUGUUCCUUCGCAUGACAUUUAGACUGUGUGUCUUGUUUGUUCAAGGUUUCGUGCAAUGUGCAAAUCCACCCUUAAAUCCAUAGAACAUUUACUAGGCUAUUCGACUGCAUUUCCUCAUUUGGUGAAAAAUUUUUAAAAAGUUGAUAGGUUACUUGAAACUAAUUACUGUGUUAGGAAACAAAGCCUGGCUAUUAAUUCGAAACAACAGAACAUUGUUAUGAAUUUUAUAAAAAUAAAGUUUUUUUAUAAAUUGGUGAGACAUUUAUGUAGCAUCCAGAUCAACUCAUGAAAAACGUGCUUUUACUUUACCUGUAUUUUCUUUGAAUAAGUCCGCUGUAUUGGUGCCAUCAUACCAGGAAGAACAAAGAAUCUCAGAAGUUUUGGGGGUCUUACAAUAGAAAUGGCUGAUCAUUUGAUUGAAUUUUCCAAAUUAUUUCACACAUUUUGAUUCUUGAAUGUCUAUUUUAAAAAUCCCUAAUUGAUAACAAAAACAUAAAAAUUAAAAUAACUGCUCUGUCCAUACCAGUUUUAAAUAUCAAUUAUUGUUUUCUAUGAUGCAUUUAAAAUUUUAGCUGCUUAUUUUAUUUUGUUUUGAGUUUGGGGGUUUUCUUCUAACUUUAUUAAGAAAUAAUUGACAAAAGUUGUGUAUAUUCAAGUUAUAAAAUGUGAUAUACAUUGUGAAAUGAUUGCUGUAACAUAAUUAGUACAUUCAUCAUCAUACUUAAUUGUCAUUUGUUGUGGGGGAAGCACUUAAGACCUAAGUAAACUCCAAGUAAACAAUACAAUAUUGUUAACUAGGGUCAUCAUGCUGUACAUGAGAUCACCAAAACCUACUUUUAUUCUUUUUUUAAGAUUUAUUUAUUUAUUUGAAAGAGUUACAGAAAGAGACAGAGAGACAGAGAGCUUCCAUCAGCUGAUUCCACUUCACAGGUGUCUGCAAUGGCUGAAGCUAGGCUAAUCCUGAACCAGGACCCAGGAGCUUCCCAUGUCUCCCAUGUCUCCCAGGUCUCCCAUGUGGGGCCAGGGGCCCAAGGACUUGGACCAUAUUCUGCUGCUUUCCCAGGCACAUAAGCAGGGAGUUGGAUCAGAAGUGGAACAACCAGGACUUGAACUGACACCAAUAUGGGAUGCCAGAGCCGCAGAUGCAGCUUUGCCUGCUGCACAACAGUGCCGGCCCUCUAUUUUUUCUUAUACUUGGAAAAUUUUGCCCUUUUGACAAACAUCUUUCCACCUCCCUACAAACCCUAGCAACUAUUAUUCUACUCUCUACCUUGGGAGUGUAUUUUUUUAAUAUUCCACACGUGAGAUCAUAUAGUAUCAGUCUGUGUUGUUUUACUUAGUACAAUGUUCUCCAGGUUCAUCCUAGUUGUCACACAUGGUGGAAUUUCCUUUUUUUUAAUGGCUGAAUAUAUUUCAUAUACAUAUGUAUAUAUACACAUAUAUAUAAAUUUAUCCACAUUUUACAAAUUAAGAAACCGAGAAUCACAUUACAAAUAUCCUAAUGUCACAUAUAUAUUUAAUGGCAGAAUAGAGAACUGAAAACUGAUGCCAUAGACGUGUUUACAACUCAUGUCUCGCUGCCUCAAACACUAUUCAUCAUACUAUAACCAUAGUUCCUUUGACAAAUGGUUUAUAGUGAAAGAUGUGUUUACUGAAAUCCAUCUGGACUUUUGGUUCAUGUUAAUUGUGGACCUUCAUAUAAUCAAUCAUAUUGAGCAUGUAACUGAUCAUAGUUUUAAACAUUCUCUAUAAGAUUUAAAUAAAUUUAAGAUGUGUGUCUUUUAACUGGAGAGUUGAGGCCAUUAAUGUUCAGGAUCUUUGCCACAGAUGGAGGUGAUAUUUUUCCCUCCACAGAGAAGGAAUCACAGAAUCAACUAAACAAUUACAUUGUUCAACUUGAUAUAAAGUGAAGUGAUAUCACAUUGAGGUCUCAAAUACCAGUGUUCCCAGUUUAGGUAAGAGUUUUGCAAGACCUGGUGUUUUCAGAGGGUUAACUGAAAGAAAUGUCACUCUUUAGCUGUUUGGGAUUAUAGAUUCAGCUUACUAUUACAAUAAAAGUGCAUGCUGAGAAAGGCAUACCCAAGUCACAGGUGAAGAGUAACAGGGGAGAUUCUAGUCAGAGAAGCUCUCCUGAAUCCUGUAGAGAAAUUACCUUUCUAUUCAUUUUUUAAUACAAGAGAGAGUUACAGACAGAGUCAGUCUUCCAUCUGCCAGUUCACUUGCCAAAUGGAUACAACAGCCAGAGCUGGCCUGAUCUGAAGCCAGGAGCCAGGAGCUUCUUUCCGGUCUCCUACGUGGGUGCCGGGGCCCAAGCACUUGGGCCAUCCUCUACAGCUCUCCCACGCCAUUAGCAGGGAACUGGAUCAGAAGUGGAGCAGCCAGGACUCACAUCUGCACCCACGGGAUGUUGGCUCCACGGAUGGAGGCUUAGCCUACUACAGCACAAUGCCCGCCUUUCUGGUCUAUUCUGGUUGUGAGAGAAUAAGGCAGCUAGCAAUUAUUGACCCACAUUAUUUCAUUAUCUCAUUAGCUCACUAAGAAGGAUGCUUAUGUAACUGGCUUUAGAUUCUAGUUCUGGUAAGCAGAAGCCAUGCUUUAGACGGAAGACAUUCUUAAAUGUCAUUUUCCAUGGCUUUGACAUGAUGCUACUUUUCAAUAUUCGUGAAACUCUUAUGAGAUGGGUUUUCCUGUGUAAAGAUGUGGUCAUUGAGGUCAGAGAGUUUAAAACUUGCCUGCAUCAAUCUAUAAGGGGCAAAGCUAAGACUGCAAAUCCUACUUGGCUGCUGCCAUGAGUUUUCCACGAUGCCUACCCAGAGAACAUCUGUUUAUUGUUCCACACAUGCAGUUAAUGCCCACAGCAGAGUUCAGAAGUAACUGAAUAACUGACAAUGCUCGUAAAAACACAUUAUUAAAACUUCCCUGUGGAAGCUAGGUGCUUAGCAAACAUUGUUAAAAUGAAGUUCUGCCCCAUAACAUGUCAGGAGAGUGAGCAUAAAUUGGUGGAGAGAGUGAGGACAGCAUCAAAACUUGAUUAGGCAGGAUUCGCUAUCAGAUCCUCAUUCCCUCGGCAGCAGAAUGAAGGGCUUGGUUCUCACUGCCUCUCUGUUCUCCGUCCUGCUGGCCGCCGUCUCAGAGGUGGGGGGCGAGGGGAAAGUGAAGCUCUGCGGGCUGGAGUACGUGCGAACAGUCGUCUACAUCUGUGCCACCUCCCGCUGGAGAAGGCACCUGGAGGGGAACCCACAAGCGCAGGAAGCUGAGAGAAGAAACAACUUCCCUCUCCCAAACACACACGAGGUUUCUGGGGGAAACCCAGCGUACGACCUUCUGAAGGUGGAUUUCUCGGGGAAGGAACAGCUCCAGAAUGAGCAGAUGCCCAGUGAGGGGCUCUCAGAUUCGAAGCAGCGUUCGGUGAUGUCAAGACAGGAAUUGCAAACUCUGUGUUGCACUGGCGGCUGUUCCAUGGCCGAUCUGAGCGCUCUUUGUUAG